AUGAAAUUUCUUCCUAUUCCGGAGUUCGAAGAUGUCACGACGUCGCUCAAUUUCGACACGGCAGACUGCCAUAUUGUUGGAGGGUGUGAUCUCUACACGACCAAGGCGGCUCGCGCCGAUCGCAAACUGUACAAGAACAUCGAGCAGUCGCUGGAAUCCCAGUACGAGUCUGUGCUGCGUCUCUCUGCCUCGUUGUCGCCGCCGAACGCGACCGAUGCCGCCGCGUCGCUGAACCUGUCUCGGUCGAGUCCUUUUGGCCCCCUGAGCGACCACUCGAGUCGACGGACAUUUGCCUACCUGAUCGCGACCCUGAAUGCGAGUCAUUCAGAUUAUGAUUUCUCGCAUGUCUUGCGGCCGUCGGACUUCCACCGUGAGAGGAACUUGAAGAAAGUGAUGAACAACAUCGACACGACGCUAUUCAACCUGCGGCCCCGCGAGCGGAUCGACGUGACGCCGCCCUCCCCGGUGACAGUGUCCGGAUCAUACAAUUCGAGCGCCUCGGCAACCUGGGGCCCGAGGAUGUGGCGCCUGGUGGAUCAGCAGAUGGAGCUGAACGAGUGCUCGAUCUACUCGUACUCGCCCGAGGAGGAUCCGUCCGACGCGGACGACGGCGCGAUCUGGAGCCUGCACUACUUCUUCUUCAACCGGCUGCGGAAACGCGUCUGUUACCUAUAUCUCCGCGCCAUCCCCAUCCUGAGCCAUACGCCGCCCGACCGGAUGGCCACGCCGACCGGCAAGCGGACCUACGAGGAGGGCUACCUGACACCCGACCUGAGCUCGGGCAAACGCGCUCGCUACUGGCUUGGCGAGCGGUCCAAUCUCAUCCGGCAGGACAGCGAAAGCGACGAGGAGCCGGAGUCGUCGAUGCCCCGAAUGAUCGAAGAUUCAGACCACUACCUGCUCAGUGACGAGGAGUUCCGCUCGCGAUCCGUGAGUAAAGGCACUGUCCGUGCAAUGAGCGAGGAGAUUGCCGACUCAAUGGAGGUCUAA